AAGGCGGCGUGGGCGCUUCUCGUAGAGUAAGGGCCCGUGAGGUGACUGAUAACAAAAGCAUUGUGGAUGCAGGUGGCCGCAAAACCUCUGGAGAAGUUCGUUCAAAAUACCUUUGUAGCGAAACAUUUUACGUCAGCUCUGUCCGUUUCAGCUGACCUCAACAACUUCCUUAUUACUUGCUUACUUGUAGUAGCCGCGGUCCUUGUACUUAAUCUUGUGGUGUUCACUGUAAGUUUUAUUUUUUUAGUACUUGGAGCCUUUGAGGUUAGAGGUGUGAAGGCUAGACACAUAGAUAGGUUAGUUAGAGGUCAUUUUGUAGAGUGCACUGUAAUAAACCUGCUUCAAGCCGGUGUCUGAGUUACUCCUUUGCCUACAGCAUCCGGACAGGAGGUGCUUCGGUGGGCUUUGCGUGUCCUUUGCAGAAGGCUCUUACGGCUUGAACAUUGUUCUAGUGGCACGUUUAGACCAUGGUAUACAGCCGCGAGCUUUAAACAGAUGUGGAAACGAGGUUCCAAUUUUGUGCUGUAACAGGAGUUGAACCGGUAUUCAUAUAAAAAGGCUAAGUGGCCUCUUUCUGGUCUUAAAAGCGAAUAAUUAUCUUUCUUUCUAGUGGGAAUUGCUUAGCCUUUGCUACUGGAAGGGCCUGUUUGUAUGCAUGUAUGCAAAUCUUCAGCGCAGCAGGGUGACAAACUUAGAUGAUGACUAGUAAGGAAAGAGGGUGGUCCCCAGAAUAUAACAGAAUGUACUGUGAAGUUACCAAAGUGCCAUGGUCUAAUUCUGGUAGGGCAGUAGUGUGUAAUAAUUGGCUCUUCACUGUUUCAAGUGUGUGCUGCUUGUGGAAAAUGCCAUUUCAUAUUAUAUUUUCAGCUUUUGCCUUAGUUUUGCUUAACUGCAGACUUGCAUAUGUGUUCAAAACCACAUAGCUUGAGAUCACUUUCUGUAGUGUCAGAUCAUUUAAGAAAUGUUAGGCACAUUUUUAUUUGAAUAAGGACUGUGACAGUUGUGGGCUUGGUUGAUUUUUUUGUUUUGUUUUGUUUUUUUAGCAUCUUUCUGUGAAUCCAAAUUUAAUUUCAAGAAGUGCAAGGAACUGUGUUUAAAUUUCAUUCAGGAUGCCAUGCUACGAAAACAGUGGAAAAGGGCUGCAGAGUUUCUGACCUUCUAUGUUGAGGCACUGGAAAAAGACUUUUCUAGAGAACCUGUGGGUGCGUCAGAGAUUAUUUGGAGAAUAGGAAGUGAAAUUCUGAGGCAUCUUCCUAACAGCAGCGUAAAAGAGUUUAACACUUUCAUAGAACCAAUUAAAACUUUAAGUGUAAAAAGGUAUUUGAAGGUUUGUUUAGAGCAUGCCUUCUAUCUCCUUGGUAAAGGACUAAUAGAUGAAGCUUACCAAAACCUGUCCCUGGCAGAAAGCUGGAGGUUUGGAGAACAAACAGUCAUUCAGAAUAAAGAACAGAAACUGAUUCAGGCUUAUAUGGGACUGUUGGACUACUAUAAGUGGUGUAAGCAGAAGAACAUCCUGUUAGAGCAUGGUCAGGAGGGAUUUGAAGAUUUGUCUGUUGAACAGGAAAUGCACAGUUGCUUUCGGAAGGCAGCGGCGAACUUAAAGGAGAUUAUUAAAAUGCCUGGAGUCUGGGAUCAAUUUGUGACAUGCUAUGUGGAUAUGUUGGAGUUCUAUGGAGACCAUAACGAAGCCCGCCAAGUUUUAAACGAAUACGCCUACAACCCAGAGUUUCCUACUAACCCCAAUGCUCACAUUUACCUCUAUCAGUUCCUGAAGAGACAUGGUGAAUCAAAGAAAUCGCUCAUAUCUGUACUGAAGAUUUUGCAUGAUAUUGUUCCUUCUCAUGAACUAAUGAUAGAUUUUAAUACCAUGCUUCAAAAAUCAAAGAAAAGGAAAAGACGUCGACUUGGACUAGAAGUUAUUUUUGCAGUCUUGGAUUAUGCUGGCUGUAAGGAAAACAUAAAAGCAUGGAGAUGUUUGUCAAGACAGGUGAAACGAAUUGUAAUCUCUGAGAAGCAUCUUUCCUGGAUCAAGCAGGAAUGGAAGUCCAGAAAGGACUGGUGGCCAGCCUUCCACUUUAGCCGCUACUUGGCAAAAAAGAAUUGGCAGGAAAACGAAAGCCUUUCAUAUGAAAAAGCUCUGGUGGCUGGAAUCUUACUGGGAAAAGAUUGCAAGUACUUUAAAUAUGUAUCACGCAAAGGCUGCAAAGCUCAAAUGAAGAGGUUUCGGAGACUGAAGAAAUUUGUGAAUAAGCACAAUCCUGUCUACCUGAGAAUAUCUGAUCUUUCAGAUUCCUCUGUACAACCUUGACUAUAAAGCAUCCUGAAGGUUCUUGCUAUACUUUUUCCUCUCUGUGAAACUGACUUCUGUA